GUCUCCUAUACCUUUCUUUCUUCAACAGUACCUUAAUUUCUUGGAAACCGCCUUCUGGCAAUUGCUGUGUUACAAACAUGAAUUCAACGAUGCCUGAUUUCCAAAACUGUGCAAUACUUCUCAUCUGUCUAGCCUCCAUUUGGUUGAUAGGAUUCUUUUUUAUCAGACCUCGAACCAAACCACGCCUUCCUCCGAGCCCACGAGCCCUACCGAUCAUCGGACACCUCCACCUCCUCAGCAAAAUCCCUCACCAAGCUCUUCACAAACUCUCAAACCGACAUGGACCUUUGAUAUACUUACUCUUUGGCUCCAAACCUUGUGUCAUUGUUUCCUCUCCGGAAAUGGCCAGAGAGUGCCUCAAAACAAACGAAUUUUGUUUCCUGAACCGCCCCAAAAUGGCUAACAUAGACUAUCUCACGUAUGGCUCCGCUGACUUCACCAUGGCACCCUACGGACCCUACUGGAAGUUCAUGAAAAAGCUAUGCAUGACCGAACUUCUUAGCGGCCGAACACUUGAGCAGCACCUUCCUAUCAGGGACCAAGAAAUAAAGCAGUUCUUACAGCUAUUGCUUAAAAAGGCUAAGGCCCAUGAGGCAGUUGACGUUGGAGCAGAACUCAUAAGGUUGACAAACAACAUAAUAUCGAGGAUGGCACUGAGAAAAAGAUGUUCAGAGAAUGAAGACGAAGCUAACGAGGUGAGGAAGUUGGUGGAAGAGAUGUGUGAGCUCGCUGGUAAAGCUAAUGUGUCAGAGAUGAUUUGGUUUUGUAAGAAUUUAGAUUUGCAAGGAUUUGGUAAAAGGCUCAAGGAUGUGCGCGACAGGUAUGACGCUAUGAUGGAGAGGAUAAUGAAGGAACACGAAGAGGCUAGGAAGAAGAAGGAGAUGGCAGUUGAUGGAGGUGAUGGCAUAAAAGAUGUUCUGGACAUUUUGCUUGAUGUAUACGAGGACGAAAGCUCCGAGAUUAGAAUGACCAGAGAAAAUAUCAAGGGCUUCAUUAUGAAUAUGUUUGGAGCCGGGACAGACACGUCGGCCGUGACAACUGAAUGGGCAAUGUCGGAGCUAAUUAAUCACCCAGAUGUGAUGGCUAAAGCAAGGCAAGAGAUCGAUAUGGUAAUCGGAAAGAGCAAAUUAGUUGAGGAGUCUGAUAUAGCUAACCUUCCCUACAUCCAAGCUAUAGUCAAGGAAACUCUGAGGCUUCACCCAACUGGUCCAUUGGUUGUGAGGGAGUGCACUGAAGACUGUAUUAUAGCUGGUUAUGAAAUUCCGGCAAAAACCCGGCUCUUUGUUAAUGUGUGGGCUAUUGGAAGGGACCCAAACCACUGGGAGAAUCCUCUUGAGUUCUGGCCGGAGAGAUUUCUUAACAAAGAGGAGAUGGGAAAGAGCCAAUUGGAUGUGAGGGGGCAACACUUCCAUCUGCUGCCAUUUGGGACUGGAAGAAGAAGCUGCCCCGGAGCAACGUUAGCAUUGCAGGUUGUCCAAACAACCUUAGCUGUUAUGAUUCAGUGCUUUGAAUGGAAGGUUGGCGAUGGAGGACGUGGUAGUGUGGACAUGGAAGAGGGGCCGGGGAUUUCCCUUCCACGGGCUCAUCCUCUCGUUUGUGUCCCUGUGGCUAGGCUGAGUCCAUUUCCAUUAAUUUGACUCGUACUUGUGGGAGCUUCUAAAUCCUACUAUGCUCAAUUCUCUUUGGUGGCGAGGGCUCAAGUCUGCGUGCCUGCAUUUAUUCAUAUAUAUAUAUGAAACACCUUUGUUUCCUCUUUCGAGUCUCAAAAGUUACGGAGACUCUGAAUAUUCCUGGGUGCCGUCAGUAAUUCCGUGUCUACAAAUGGUCCUUUUUUCUUCGUUAUUUCUUGGUUUUAUUUUUUAUUUUGAUGUGUUGACGAUGUACAGUAGCAUGGUCUUGUCUUCUCGGAUUUCCACUGUACAAACUCGAAGUAAAACUGAAUAAAAUGGAUUCGGGCAGGAUAAUCAAACCAUAAA